AUGGACAAACUUUUCCCGCAUUCUAGUCCACGUUCACUUAACACUCUGACUGCAGAUGGAGUUGAGGCUUUCCACGUGUAUCCGGAAUGCCGGAUGACAGCAACAGGGAAGGAAUACAGAGGAACCCAAAGCCGAACAGAAACAGGAAAACUGUGCAAGGCUUGGAAUGAGAUUUCAGGCUGGAAACCGACUCUGAGCUUUCUCCACCAACUACCCUACGUUGAGCGUUUAAAUGUUCCCAAGGAGAUUGCUGAAGCCGCGACUUCAUGGAUUGCUGCACAGGAACGGAAUUAUUGUCGGAACAUACUGUUUGCCGAGCGGCCUUGGUGUUUCGUUUCCACGGUGGAUUUCCGCUGGGAAUACUGCGACGUACCCAUGUGCCAUCUUCCUCAAGAGCCGGUGGAGUGCAAAUUGACAAAAGGUGGACAGGAGUAUGCAGGGUUGAAGAACGAGGACGCAAACGGUUUCAAGUGUCAACCGUGGUUGAGCAAAGCAUCGAACACGAAAUCCUCGCUCCCGGAAUGGAUGACUUACCCUGACGAAACGAUUGACAGUAGCCACAACUUCUGUCGCAAUCCGACGGGGGAACUCGGCGGCCCUUGGUGCUACAAUGACGAGGGCUCUGACAGAAGAGGACUUUGCGAAGUCCCUUUCUGCUUUGAAGUGUAUCUGCGUUCUGCUAUCGACGGUAAAGUCGCGGAGGGAUAUCCUGAGUGUCUGCUCACCCUAAUGGGGAGAGAAUACGCGGGAACGGAGAGGAAGACCGAGACAGGGAAGACAUGUCUCCAGUGGGAUAAGCAGCCCCAUGGAAAAACUAAGGACUUUAAAAUAGCAAUGUCCUAUGAGGAUCAUUUCCGUUUUGGCAAUCCUUCAUUGCAUGAGAACUUCUGCAGGAAUCCAACGUUGAAAGAGAGACCCUGGUGCUUCGUGGAACCUCCAGAUUUUUGGGAAUUUUGCGACAUCCCUCUUUGUCCCAACUUUACCAACAGGACGGAAUGCAAGUGGACGAAGGAGGGAGAGGAAUAUGCAGGAUCUCGAAAUGUGACUGCGACAGGACGACCGUGUUUGCACUGGGAGGAAUCGGCCAAAAUGCAUUGGAUGUCUUUUCCGAAGGGAAUGAGGAGAGAGAACCACAACUUCUGUCGCAAUAUGGAGGGGGAUUCUGGUGGGCCCCACUGCAUUGUAGAGACCGUUGACGAUCCCUUCUUGGACAUCGAAUAUUGUGAUGUCCCUUUCUGCCCCUUCCAUUAUCUCCAGUGA